GCUGAGGAGCAGUCGGAGGCAGCGCCGUGCGCAGGGAGAGCUGCCUGCCACGGGAGACGGCCCCAGCAUGGACGCGCUGCCCGUCUACCACGGGGGCAUCACCCGUGAGGCUGGGGAGAAGCUGUUGCUGGCGGCGGGCACCGAUGGCAGCUACCUACUGCGGGACAGCGAGAGCAUCCCGGGAGUCUACUGCCUCUGCGUGCUGCAUCAGGGUUACGUUUAUACCUACCGAGUGUCCAAGACAGAAGCUGGGUCCUGGAGUGCUGAGACGGCACCCGGGGUCCACCGGAGGCAUUUUCGGAAAGUGCACAACCUCAUUUCAGCCUUCCAGAAACCCGACCAAGGCAUCGUAACACCCCUGCAGCACCCAGUCGUCAACCACGCGAAAGCCAAAUACCCCCCAGGGAGAAAUGAAGGCCAUGGCUUCCACCUGCAACCAUCAUGAAGACAUUUACCCAAGUGUGACAUAACCAUAUCUUCCAAUGUCUCCUCUAGUCCGUGCUCUAGAACAGAAUGAUUUAUAUGAUAGUUAAUACAACUCCAUGAGUUUUCUUGUAACAUUUGCAGAAAUGUGUAUUUGAUAGAAUUUCUAGCUCAAAAUUUUGAAGUUUUAAGUUUCAGAAUGUUUUGAAUUUAGUUUUUUUUUUUUUUUUCUGAGAGGAUAAAAAAAUAUCAACUAGUAAAUAGUGUAAUGUCUUUUUUUUCUUUUUGUACUCUCAAGUGCAAAAUAUUUUUCACUUCAAGAUUAGUUCCUAAUUAAUAAUCAGUUACUAAUUUUUUUACAUUACUUAACUUUGGACUCUGCUUUGCUUUGUUCUGGUUGGCAUUUAUGCACAACUGGGCAAGUCCCCUUUUAUAGCCUUCAGAAAAUUGCUUACAUUAAAGUGCCCUUGCCUUGGGUGGGCUGUGUGUCUGUCAUUCACACAGUUCCUAAAGGCAUUCCAGAAGUGGCACCAUGAGGAUCCCCACUAACAAAUUUUCCAUCACACCAGCCACUCUGCCCUGUAACUCAGCAGAACUGGCCAUCACUGCCUGGGUGUACAAAAUCUGUAGUUUGCACAGCUGAUCGAAAGCUUAAGCAGUGCACUGAGUAACUGAGAUCAACCAGUGGAGAACAUGGUUCUUUUUGCUUUUAGAUAUUCUCUGUACUUGAAACAAAUCACCCCUGCAUACAAUUUUAAAAAAUAAAUUAUUUUUGCAUGACA